AUGAGCUGCUAGUAAAUGACAAACCUGCGUAAAACCAGUUGGUUAAGACGCUUUCAGGCAAAGGGAAAAUUCCAACACGAAGUGAAAUAGUUUAUUUCUUCCCUUCAGGCAGCUGCAACUGGAUGUCUGACGCUCCACAAAGGGAAUAGGAGACUAAAUUACAACUAUGGGAUUGCCUGGGAUGAAGUGGUCAUUAUUUGCAACUGUUGCACUGUUGGUCAUUUUGCACCACAAUGAUGCUAUCAGCCUGAAGGAGCAUCUAGCUGAUUGCCUGGAGGACAAAGACUAUGACAAACUACUGCAUAUAGUGCAAAACGGCCUCCAUCACACUUGCACAAGUCAUCACGUUGCUAUUGUUGGAGCUGGCAUGGCGGGACUGACAGCUGCCAAGCUGCUACAAGAUGCAGGACACAAGGUUACCAUUUUAGAGGCUAAUGAUCGAAUUGGGGGACGAGUGGAAACCUACAGGAAUGAAAAGGAGGGCUGGUACGCAGAACUGGGGGCCAUGAGGAUUCCAAGUUUUCACCACAUUGUUCUUUGGUUUGCUGAGAAACUUGGUGUUAAGCUGAACACGUUCAACAUAAAAGAUCCCAACACUUUUUACUUGGUUAACGAAAAGAGGAAAAGGACAUAUGCAGUGGAAGCCAAUCCUAACAUCCUCAAUUACAAGGUGCGACCAAGUGAAAAGAACAGUUCAGCUGAUGAACUGCUGCAAAAGGCUCUGAAGCCGGUGAAAGAUGAAGUGGAAGCUCAUGGCUGCAGGGCUGCACUGAAAAAAUAUGACCACUAUUCUGUAAAGGAGUAUCUGACAGAGGUGGGAGGACUGAGUCAUGAGGCCAUCAGGAUGAUUGGAGAGCUACUGAAUGAACAGAGCCUUAUGUACACUGCGCUGACUGAGAUGAUUUAUGACCAAAGUGACAUCAAUGACAACACCACGUACUAUGAGGUGACUGGUGGGUCAGACCUUCUCCCCAAAGCUUUUCUUUCUGUCCUUGAUGUCCCUAUUUUGCUAAACUCCAGGGUUGAGAGAAUUAACCAAUCAGAUGAAGGUGUUAUUGUCUCUUAUCAGAGACAUAAUGAGCCCUCACUUUCCCACCUUCAUGCUGAUGUUGUCCUGAUAACAACCACAACCAAAGCCACCCUUUUCAUGGACUUUGAUCCACCUCUCUCCAUUCAGAAGAUGGAGGCCCUGAGGUCAGUCCACUACGACAGUUCUACUAAAAUCCUUCUCACCUUCAAAGAAAAAUUCUGGGAAAAAGAUCAAAUCCAAGGGGGAAAGAGCAUCACAGACAGGCCGUCUCGUUUCAUCUACUACCCCAGCCACAGUUUUCCAAAAAAUAAGACCAUCGGUGUCCUUUUGGCUUCCUACACCUGGUCUGAUGAUUCCCUCCUCUUCCUCGGAGCCAGUAAUGAAAGGCUUAAAGAGCUGGUUCUCAAAGAUUUGGCUCUGAUCCAUGGAGAAUACAUCAGGUCCCUCUGCACUGGUGUCUUGGUGAAAAAUUGGAGUCUGGAUCCAUACAGCCUGGGUGCCUUUGCUCUGUUCACCCCUUACCAACACCUAGAGUAUGCCAAGGAGCUCUUCAGGCCUGAAGGAAGGAUACACUUUGCUGGGGAACACACAGCUUUUCCUCACGCUUGGAUCGAAACUUCUAUGAAAUCUGCAAUCAGGGCGGCCAAGAAUAUUAACAAGGCAGCUCUGAUGAGUUCAGAUAAAAGUCAUCGCCGAGAUGAGCUUUGAGGUCUGAUUGUGCGGUUUUAAUAAAGAAAUUAAAGAAAUGAAAAUUUAUGUUCUUGAUUUCAGAAGAGAAAUUUUUUGAUUGAUGUCUUCAAUAAAAUCAUGUUUGUACAUUA